AAUAGUCGGGAUCGUGAUCCUCAGAAUAACGGUUAGACUAUGUUAUUGAUGUAUGAUGUAUACUAUCUGAAAUCGAUGGCUUCUUUUCAGCAUCAUGAUCAUUUGGAUGGUGAAUGACUGUGGUAAGGUAAACUGCCUACACUCAAGAUAUUGAGCAGUCAACCAUUUUCUGGAAUCUGUGGUCCUGUGUAUAUGUUAAGGUGAAACCAUUUGUUGAUGUCUACAGGGAGAUCACCAACACUGUAUGAGAUACAUCACUGUGGGGGAACACUUGCCCAAGAAAACGGGCUUAUGUAUUAUGGCCAUUCUCCAACAUGUCUGCAUCUUGAUGCUAUGUGCAACAAAAUCCCUUCAAGAAAGGAUAGUGCCUUCUCCUCCAAGCAUUACAGCAGGUCCAAAACCUUAUCCUGAGCGGAGUUGGAAUCCAGAAUUGGGAGACAGAGUGUAUGUUUACGUUGAAAAAGAAAAGAACACACGAUUACAAUGUGUUGCAAGUGGAAACACUCCCAAUCUAAGAUAUGAAUGGUUAAAGGAUGGAAUAUUAAUAGAUUUCACAUCAGCUGAUCGAAACAAUACAUUACACAUUUACAAGGAGCAAGGUUUGGGCACCUUAAACAUUCACCGUGUGCAGGAGAAUGAUUAUGGAACAUACCAAUGCAGAGCAAGCAGUACCAGUGAGAAGUUCCAAGCUGUGUCAUUAAGUAAAAAAGUACAACUGAUAGAGGCAGAUAUAUCAUCCUUUCAAAAUAUUGAUGACCGACACCCACGGCAGGUAGCACUAGGAACGUAUUUAAUGCUAACAUGUAACCCUCCUCCUUCUAAUCCAAAAGCCGAUUUGAAGUGGUCUGCAGAUGAUUCAUUGAAAGAAAUGACUUUGGAUGAGAGAAUUGUUUUGGAUUAUGAGGGCAACCUGCACUUUGCAAAUGUAGCCAGUGAAGAUGGGGAGAAACUAUAUUCCUGUUAUGCUUCUCUUCAUUUCCUAGGAUUUUAUAGCAAAGGGCCAUCCACAAGCUUAACAGUGAUAGGAGACAAGGCUGCAUUUCAACCUGCAAUGAGGAAAUGGUCCUCGGAGAAACAUGUUAUUGGUGUGGAAGGGGAGCCAGCAAAAUUCAUGUGCAUCUUUGGUGGAUAUCCAACACCCAAGAUAUCAUGGAGGAAAGCAGGGAGAACGUCAACGCUUCGUGAAGGCAGUAAUGGACAUGAACUAAUAAUAAGUUCUGUGCAGUCCAGUGACAAGGGAAUUUAUAUUUGCUCCGGAAGCAACAGUGUAACAAAGGACCCACAAGAAGUGAGAUUUACAUUAGAUGUGCAAGCAAAACCUACAUGGAAAUUCCAACCAGUUGAUAAACGAGUAAGCGUAGGGGAAUCGACAUCUAUUAGCUGCAAAGCAGAGGGAAACCCAAUCCCCACAGUGGAAUGGUAUAUCAAUGGGAAUCCAUAUAAAGAUAUUCCUGGGAAACGAUACCUGCAAAAUGAUGUGCUUCGAGUCAGUAACCUAACAAAAAGAGAGUCAGUGGUAGUUCAAUGCAAUGCAACCAAUACUCAUGGGUCUCUGUUCUCUGAUGUUUACAUUAAUGUUUUAGCAUUACCUCCAGAGAUAACAAAUUGGACAAAGUUACUGAAAGUUGCUACAGGAAAUGAUGCAGUAUUAACAUGUUCACAUAAUGGAUAUCCAACACCUACUCUGACGUGGAUAAGGGAACCCCAAGUACUGAAUGGAAACAGAUACAGUCGUACAGAAAAUUCAAUAACUAUUCAUAAAGUGAAUAAAAAUGAUGAAGGAAAUAUCACUUGUAUUUCUAAAAAUACAGAAGGUGAAAUGGGAAAAAGUAGUAUGCUUAUCGUAAGAGACAAAACCAGUAUAACAGAUUUGAAUGGAGUACCAGAAGUUGAUGCAGGCAGAGAUGUCAUAUUUACUUGUGUUGCUAAGACGGAUCCAAAGGAAACCAUUAAAUACCUCUGGAAGAAGAGGGGAACACUCAUUAAAGACUUUGCAGAUCAUCAUAUUAGCUGUGAAAACAACUGUGCAGUACUAAGAAUUAAAGAAGCGGGAGGCAAGCACUCAGGAAACUACACAUGCUUAGCCAGCAAUGGCAUUGAUGAAGAUCAAAGAACCAUUGAAUUAAAGGUUAAAGCUGCUCCCAAUCCACCUGUUGAUGUCAAGAUCACCAGUUGUGGAGACUGGAAGCUGGGAUUGACGUGGACGGCUGGAUUUAACAAUUUCCUUCCUAUCAUUGACUAUACAGUUGAAUACAGCACCUCUUUUAAACCUAAGGAAUGGGUAUACCUGAGCAAGACGACAAAUAAUAAUACUUUCAUUAGUGGUAUAUCUCUUUCUGCAUGGGUAGAAUACACAUUCAGGAUAAAGGCUAUGAACUCUAAGGGAUUUAGUGUGCCAUCUGAACCAACCAAUAUAUGUAAAACAGACCCAAAGAAACCAUCCAGACAUCCAGAGGGUGUAAAGAUCAAGAAUUCUCAGGAGGGUUAUCUGUCCAUUGAGUGGGAGGCAAUGGAUCACAUGGAACACAAUGGAGAUAACUUUGAAUACCAGAUAUUUGUGAGAAAGCUGAACACAACUGAUAGCAAAUCAUAUAUUGUUAGUGGAGACAAAAAUUCUAAAUUAAUUAAAACAAAUGACACAUAUCAGCAGUAUGGAGUGAAAGUUGCCGCUCGGAAUUCAAAAGGGACACCUUUAAAAGAGCCUGAGGAAGUCAUUGGGUUCUCGGGAAUGGGGGUCCCAACUAUUAAGCCAAGGCAGUUUGCACUAGAUAAAAAAUCUCCAUUUACCCAUGAAAUGGCUACAUUUGUUUGGGAUGCAGUGUCACCAUCCUCUGCUGAAUUGAAAGGAAAAUUUGAUGGAUAUGUUAUUCGCUAUUGGAAAACAAAAAGUCCUAAAAAUGUGAAGAGAAUAGAAAUUCCUCCUAGAGUACUGAGUGAUUUUAGCAAUAGUGUAGUAGGCAGCCAGAAGAUUAAAGAAACCGUGCAUAACCUUCCAGCUUACUCGGACUUAGAAUUGGAUGUAUUGGUGAAGAAUACAAUGCAUGAGUCAAAGCCCAGUAAUCGAAUCAAACUUACCACACCUGAGGGAGUACCAUCAGAAGUUGAAAAACUAAAAGCAGAGAAAAGAGGAGAAAAUUACCUGGAAUUGGGAUGGUUUCCACCCAAGAGGAUUAAUGGAAAGUUAAUGGACUAUAAAGUUAUGUUUCGCAAAGUUUCUGGUGGUGAAUUGGGAAAGAAAUUUAUACAGACAAAGAAAAGCAACUCUAAUGUCACUGCAGUGGAUAUGGUUAAACACAGAAUAGUAGGAUUAGAGCCAAACACAUUGUACAGAGUAGAUGUAUUGGCAACAACAAAGACAGGAGCUGGAAGAAAAAAAUCUGUGGAUGUUAUGACUGCAGACAGAGCUCCUCUCAGUCCUCCAAUAGUCUAUGUUGAAAUGCUUCCAGAGAAAAUUGGUUUCAAUGUGUCCUGGAAAUCUGUCAGCAUAGUCAACAUUGUCAAUAUGAAAGAAUCAGAGGGUACUUUCACUGAAGUAAAAAGAAGUAACAGUUCCCGGAAUUGGGUGGUUUUGAAUGAAGGUUUGGAAGAAGGAAGAACUUAUGUUAUUACAGUAACAGCAGUAGAUGGCACAAGACUGGUGACCAGUGAAGAAAUGAAAGUCACACUUUCUAACCCUGCACUGACCAGGGAAAAUGAUGCAAUCUUCAAGGCUACUUGGUUCAUAAUUGUGAUGGUGGCCAUAGCAAUUUUGAUUUUAGUAAUCAUCAUAGUGUGUUUACUUCUCAAAAGAAACAGAGGGGACAAAUAUAAUGUACAAGAGAGAGAAAAUCUACAUGGUAUAAAAAAUGAAGAAAUGAAGAAACCCUUACCCAUGGGAGAUUUUGAUGAAAAUUCAGAAAAGCAGCCCUUGGCAGGAAACUCCUAUGAUGAAAUGGGGAAAGGACCCUUGGAAAGUGAUAAAGACAGUUUAGAGGAGUAUGGAGAUGUUGAUCCAACUAGAUUUAAUGAAGAUGGUUCCUUCAUUGGUCAAUAUGGAAAUCAGCAAGCCACAACUCCCUCCGAAGCUGCAGCUCCUUCUGUUAUGCAUAAUUUGAUAUGAAAUAUAAUCAUCAAUGCUUUCCAUGUACUUAAUUUAUCUUAUUAAUUGAUUGUCUUUUACAAAUAAGUGUGUGUGGAUAAUUAUGCCUCAUAUUUACUCGCUGACAUAGUGUUGUUUCCUGAACGUAGUUUGGGAAAAUAUUGUGUUUGCUCUGUUUCUGAUUAUAUAUGACAUUCAUUUUUCAGCCAAAAAGCACAAAACUUCAGUGACAUUCAUUCAUGAAGCAAAUCAAUUUUAGCAUUUUUACAUUAGAGACACAUGUAAUGUGAUUCAUGGAUAGCAAUAGUAAUAUUUCAAAAGAACCAAAAAAUCCAGAUCUGACAAGUUCAAUAUUUUGAAAUAAAAUCACUGAAAACAAAAUUCUUGUAAGAAAUGCAAAUAAAAAAUAAUUACAAUAUGGGCUUUUUUCCAGGUCAAUCACUAAAAGGAGAAAUGAACAAUAUCAAUCAAAGAAAUUGAAUUAUUCAUAUAUGAAUGCUAGGUUUUAGUUCAAAUGAGUUGAGUUUUUCUGAUCAAAGUUUUUCUCUCAUUGUCAUUAAUUUUUCACAUUCACAACUUCAUCUUCUCCUGAUGACCUCAGGACAGGUCCGAUUUCAACCAAACUUUGCACAACUUAGGUAAAAGUGCAAUUCAAGUUUGUUCAAAUCAAUCUUUCCAGUGGGGAUUUUUAGAAAUGGGUGGAUCGUUAGAAAUUCUUUCUCAAGAAAAGCCAACUUUUGCAUGAAAUCUUCAUAUACCGGUAAUAGGCUUGUUAUUCACUUCUUUUUACAUGAUAUUAUUUGUUCAAAUAUGAUUUAUAGAUAUAGAAUAUACAAAUACUUCUCAUCAAAAGUGAAAUAAACAAACAUAGUAUAAUUUUUUGUCAGUUGCAAAUCAAUAUAAAGGUCAGUCACAGAAUAAUUCAUCUUACCAAGGUCAGUCACAGAAUAAUUCAUCUUACCAAGGUCAGUCACGGAAUAAUGGGAUACACAAUACAGUGUCAAUUACUUUCCCCUGAAUACAGGGGGUGCACAACAUGUGGUCCUCAGUUGGGGAUUUUCUUUAAUCUAAGUGUAAAUUACUGAAAAAUAGUCGCUGAUUAUAUUUGUGUCCCUUGUGUAAUUUUUUUGGCAGGCAUUGAUGUAGUGUCAUCAUGUAACAUAGUAGGUGAAUAUCAGUCCUUGAUUUUUAUAGGUUAAGACUUAUAUAGGAUGUUUUUAGCACAUCAGCAAUUCUUUAUUAUUAAUUUUAAUUAUCAAAAUUUUCGAUGAUCAAAACAAAAUUAGAUAUACCAGGAAAAACGUGUGUAAGCAAUACAUGUAUAUUAUUAACUUGUUAUCAUUUCACACUGUGGACAAACUAUGUGGGUGUAAAUGAUUGGAACAUGUGAAUUAUAUGAAAUCCAUAUCUGUAAUGUAAUCUUUCUGUUAAAACCUGUGUUCAGUUCUUUCAAGUCACAGCACGUCGGGCUGUUAUGAGAGAUAAGAUGUUGCACUCUGAACAUCACUGUGAUGGCAUUCAAACUACUGACAGACAACUCGAGUAUUACACAUAAUAUUAGACCACUAAUACUUCAUUUUUAACACUUCCACUUACACCACUUGGAUAUUUUAUUGAAAAUGGAUAUUAACAGCAAACUAACAACUCAACUUAUGACAAACGAGACAAUUUCAGCUUCUCCAUCAUAAACUUCCCAUAUUUAUAUAGUAAUAUUCCAUUAUCACCUGUGUGUGGUGUUUAUAUCUCUCAACUGAUUCGAUGUGCAAGAGCUUGUUCUGUGUAUGAUCAGUUGUUAAAUUGACACUGGUUACAGUUGAUGUUACGGGUUUCAUUUAAAGUCAGCAUUUUGCAAAUUCUAUGGCUGUUAUAACAAUCAAUACAAUCUAUCAUUAGGUCUGACGUGUUUCAUACCGAUUGUUAGGCCGUUCUUGGCACAUUCAUUUGGACUACGGAUAAAUCUGUUUAGCUUAUCAGGAUAUAGGGCUCACGGUGGGUGUGACUGGUCGAUAGCAAAUGCUUACUCCUCCUAGGCACCUGAUCCAUGUCUGGUAUAUCCAGGGAUCCGUGUUAAUGAUGCCCAGCUAUCUAUUUUGUAUUGCUUAUAGGAGUUAUGAGAUUGAUCACUGUUCAUUUAUCUUCACCUUUCACCACUCACUUAUUGGGUCCGAAAUAUCUUGAUAGAUAAUUAGAUGUUUAAUGUUAGGCAGGUAUUCUUCAGAAAGGAGUUGCUGAGGCCCAUUACUUUGAGAUCCAAAGGUCAAACUGAACAUAAGUCUGCUUGACAUCUUGAAAACAAUUUUUUUUUUCCUUUUUAGAGUUUUUGAUGCUUUUUGUUAUAUGCCCAUCUUUAGAUAGGAUGUAUUAUGGUACAGAGAAGUCUGCACGUCCAUCCAUUCAGAGUUUUCUGUUUCUACUUCCUUUUCACUGUCAUAUAUCAAGCUGAAACUUGCUGUAUACCUUUUUUGUGGGUCACUAUAGAUCAUGUUGCAAUUAUGAUCCCCAGUUUUCAAGUGAGGACACUAUUAUUUUAUAGAGUGUUUGUAUGGGUAUUGAAGAUAUAAAUGUUACAAGGGUUUUUAUUUUCUUCAAUUUUUAUACGCUCGUCUUUAGACAGGACGUAUUAUGGUACAGCAAUGUCUGUACGUCCGUCUGUCUGUAUGUCCAUUGGUUCAGGGUUUUCUGUUUCUAAUUUCAUUUCUCUGUUACAUAUCACGCUGAGACUUGCUAUGUAGCUUCUUUGUGGAUCAUUCUAGAUCAUAAUGCAAUUCUAAUCCAUUUUGACCUCCCUUGCAGGAGUUUUGCCACGUUAUUUGAAAAUUAUUGUUAUAUGGAGGGUACAUAAUUUGUCCAGCCAACUCCCCCUACAAGUUUCAAGUGAGGACCAUCUUGUUGUACAGUGUUUCUAUGGAUAUUGAAGAUGUGCAUGUACGUGGCAAGGAUUUUGAUAUUUUUCAGAAAAAUACAUGUUGUUGAACUUGGUUCAUUUUAAGGAUAUAUUACAAAUAGAGUACAUCAUUUAUUAGAUAUUCUCUUCCCAUAGUUUUCAAGUGAAAACCUUCUUACUUCUUAUUUACAGAGUGUUUAUAUGGGUAUUGAAGGUGUGUAUGUGGAAAAGAUUUUGAUUUUCUUUAAUUUUUGAAAAAAAUUAAAGGUUAUUGAACUUACUCACUUUUGAGGAAUUAUUGCAUAGAGAAUACUUGAUUUGUCUGUAUUUCCAUCCACAGUUUUCUAGUGAGGACCUUCUUAUUUUACAGAGUAUUUUUAUGGGUGUGGAAGAUGUGUGUGUGGCAAUUAAGGAUUCUGAUUUUCUUCAAUUUUUAAGCUAAGACCCUUUAUUAUGCAAAGAAAGUAUGUCACAGCCUGAUACUACCUGAAGCAAAUUUCUACAAAUUAUGGCUUAAGAAAAAAAACCUAUGUAAGCAUUUUCACCGACGCAUUAUGUACUCUUAUUGAGAAAAUUGUUGAACUUUGUCAGUUUUGAGGAAAUAUUACAUAGAGAGUACAUGAUUUGUCUGUUUAAUUAACUCCUAGCACAGUUUUCAAGUAAAGACUUUGUUAUUUUACAGAGUACUUGUAUGGGUAUUAAAGAUGUGCAUGUGGCAAGGAUUUUGAUUUUCUUUAGAGUUUGAGAAAAUUAAAGGUUAUUAAACUUAGUUUUGAGGAAAUAUCAGAAAAUGAGUACGUGUACUUGGUUUGUCCAUUUCUUUCCUCUGAGUGCUAAGGCCUUUAUAAACAACUUGAAGAUGUACAUAUUGCAAGAAAAUUUUAUUUCGAAGAAUUUUAUUAUUUUAUUUGCUGUUUAAAAAAUUACAGAUUGUUGAACUUUGUCAACUCUGGAGAAAUAUUAUACACACAGAGUUCUUGCUUUGUCUAUUCACCUUUUGUCACAGUUUUUAAGCUAGGACCUUUUCAUUCAAUGCUAAAGAAAGUAUGUUGCAGCCUAAUGAUGGCUGAUACUCCCUAAAGUAAAGUUCUACAACUCAUGACUGAAGAAAACAUCCUACAUAAGCUUGUGACAAGCUCUUAACAUAAUUAUAUAUAUCAUAUGUAAAUACAAAUAUAAUUUUAUUGCACAAUUAUUGUACAACAAUAUAUACAUGUAUAUAAAAGUAGUGUUAUAUUACAGUAGUAUUACAGGUUGCUGAACUUUUAGUAGUUUUGAGGAAAUAUUUGAUAUUUAUUUAUUGGAUAAGAUUAACCAAGUUCAGUAUAUAGGAUUAAAUUUUUGCAUAUGAAUAUGGGGGGGGGGGGGGGGGGGGGUGUUCAUUCUUCUCAAGAUAGAGAGACAGCAGAACUUAUCAAUUUAAGUUUAUUCGAACUAUAUCCCUUAUUUUACAUAUAGGCAUCAAUUUAGUAUUGAAAUAUUCUUACUAGUGUAAAUUCAGUCUAUGAGCCAAAGCAGGAUAUAUUUUAAGGGGGGGGGGGGGGGGGUUAAAGAUUGUGUCCCAAACUUACAAGUCAUUAUCCUUGUAUGAGCAAGAUAUUCAGGUGAGCAUUGUGGCCCAUGGACCUCUUGUUUAUGAAACUAUAUGUUCAUAUUGAAUUCUGAUUGGCUAAUACUUUAAAAAUGCUCAUAAUAUUUUUUUAUUUUCAAAAAAAGUAACCGCAUGCUACAUGUACUGAAUUUAGACUUUGAAAUGUAGAUAAAUAUAAAUUAUGAAUACAUGUAUACAUUCCAAAUGGUGUGAAUUGGAUUUGAAGACGCUGUUGAAUACUGUUAUAUGGUUAUGACUGAUUCUCCAAACAGCCACAACUAUUAUAGGUUUUGGCUGGUUCUCUACACUGCCACAACUAUUAUAGGUUUUGACUGGUUCUCCACACAGCCACAACUAUUAUAGGUUUUGACUGGUUCUCUACACUGCCACAACUAUUAUGGGUUUUGACUGGUUCUCCACACAGUCACAACUAUUAUAGGUUUUGACUGGUUCUCUACAUGGCCACAACUAUUAUAGGUUUUGACUGGUUCUUUACACGGCCACAACUAUUAUAGGUUUUGGCUGGUUCUCCACACGGCCACACUUAUUAUAGGUUUUGGCUGGUUCUCCACAUUAUGAAGCUAUACUGACUCUGCUGUGUAAUAGUACUAACGUGAUAUGUAUUACUGUAUAUUUAAUUAGAAGAAAGAGUUUCCUCAUUAUAAAAUAAAUUGAUUAAUUAAAGUUAACUUGAAUUUAAUUUCAUAAACUCUCAAUGUCUGUCAUACUCUUUCUCAGUUUAUAUUAGCUGAGUAUUCUAAAUUGUUAUAUGCAUGGAGUUUACUUGGUGUUUUGCUAUGCUUCACUUCACAUUAGUUUUUAUGAUUUCCCAGUGUGGAUAGACUUGACAGAUGUACAUCCCCUAUAUAGUGAUGUAUACAGGGAAUAAGAUUAUAAAUGGAAUCGCAUAUUAAAACACCAUGUAGUGCUCAAUAUUACAUAAAUGAUAUCAUAUAGAUUUGAAAAAUAUUCUAAGUUUUGCAGUAAAUAUGUCAGGAAUAUGCAAUGAAUAAUGGGGAGAAAUAAUUUCAAGAAUACCAAUUAUCUUCUGAUAAAAUGGUUAUGAGAUGAAUACCAUGAGUAUGAAAUUGUAAUAUUCAUAAUUUCAUUCACUUCGUGCAAAAUGCAGAUGCGUAAACAUACUAAGUAAUAUACAUGGCAACCAAGAAAACGCAUUGAAAGUGGACAACUGGGGUAUACAUUUAGGGUAGAGUAAAACAGGUUAUCUGAAAGAAAUUUGGCAGAAUGAAUGAAAUGUGCAUUCUUAUAUCACUUUUAACAUAUCUAGUGGAACAACUUAUUAUGAAAUCAUUAAGGUGAGUUCCAUGUGUCAAUUUUCACAAAUAGUUCUGGUAAGUCUUGUGCUAUGUUAGGUCACCUAAGGUCAUUGGUGUACAAACACUUCUACAAGGCUGAUAAGGGAAAAACCUAUCAUUGCAUGUAUCCACAUACAAACAUACACAGAGAGAAAUAGGACUGAAAACAAAGCCCAGACUUUCGAGUUGGUAUCAUAUGGGGCACAGGGUUCUAUGGGGAAUAUCUACAGCAGUUCCUAUUAUAUGUUGGUUGUAUUUGUGAACCUGUCCAUCUGAAAGUGAAGGGAGUUGUCUUGGAAUAUAAUACACUGGGACUUCUUUCUUCAAACUCAGUAUUCACAUUUUAUUGAUGGCAAUAUAUGAUUUUGAAUUGAUGGAAAUACUUUACUUUAUUGAAGAAUGAAUUUCAUUAAAAGGAUCUGAUUUAUAAAGUUCAGUAAAUCUUGCAUGGAUGCGACAUGCCUUUCACAGAGAUCUGGGUAACCUAGCAAUGCUAAAUGUAAGUUUCUGAAAUUUUUUUUAUAAUUCUUGUGAAGAUCUAGUGUUGGACAAUGUCAAUGAGGGCAAAAUUUUAAUUGUAAGUGGAAUUUUUAGCGAGACACAAAUUCAGCGAUUUACCCGUUAAAAUGGGUAUAUAUAAUUAGCAAGAGCUAAUUUUUGCGACUUUAAUUAUAAUUCCAAGAAAGAUAACUAUUACCUACGAUACAGAAUAAAUUGUUAGCAAUAUUCAAUUUUUGUGAUCUCAACACUUUCUCUGAUAAUGCCAAAAUUACAUCCUCGCUAAAAGUUCUGCUGAUACAGUAUUCUAAGAAAAAGCAUGAUGAGCUUAAAAUUAAAGACCCACUUUUGUGGCAUUUCCAACCAGCAGCAUUUGGAGUUUUAAUUCUUGCUAUGUACUGACUAUAAAGUUGUUGGCCUCUUAUGUAAUAUUUGUUUUCAUAUUGACAAUGAUUGUUUGAUAUCAAAGACUUUAUUAUGAAGGAUUAAAUAUAGAGCAUUUCAGUUUUACAAUUGUAAUUUACUUAAAGAAACAUAAAUUGUAUUCCAAUUGCUCA